UGUUAGAGGGAACAUAUUUGGUCGUUCAUCAUCUCAAACUUGUUAGUUUUCAAGAUCCGAUCAUCAUGACUCUCUUUGGAAAGUUGGAAACUGAUGUCGAAAUCGAAGCUCCCGCUUCAAAGUUCCACGAAAUCUUUCACCAAAGGCCUCACCAUAUCUCCAAUGUUUCGAGCGACAAAAUCCAAGGCUGCGAGAUUCACGAAGGUGAAUGGGGAAAAGUUGGCUCCAUUGUUCACUGGAACUAUGUUCACGAUGGGAAGUCUUGCGUAGCGAAGGAGAUAAUCGAAGCGGUCGAUGAAGAGAACAAUAUGAUCUCGUUUAAAGUCGUAGAAGGAGAUCUUUUGGAAGCGUAUAAAAGCUUUAAGUUAACGAUCCAUUGUCUUCCAAAGGAGGAUAAGGGAAGUGUGAUUCAUUGGACUUUGGAAUAUGAAAAGCUACACGAUGAGGUUCCUGAUUCACAUAGCUUGCUUCAAUUCUGUGUCGAUGUCUCGAAAGACAUUGAAGCUCAUCUCAUGGAGGAUGACAAAGAACCAGUAGCUCAAGCUGAAGUCACUGCUACUGCUCAGGCAUGAACACAACGUUUCUCGGUUUCGGGUGUGUUAUGAAGUAUCAAUUGACUUGUUCUAUCUAUCUAUCUAUCUAUUUAUGUUCGUAAUUCUAUGUUUGAAUGAUAUCUGUUUGUUCGUGCGAUAUGCUUAAGACAUGUUUGCAAUAGUGAGUGUGAGAGUUAUUGUGAAAUACUGUCGUGUAUGAGAUGAAAUGAGAAUAAAGUUCAUGUAAAAAUGUCGAUGGUAAAUUAAAUAUUUGAAAGUUUACAAA